AUGGCAUCCAAAUCCGAGGAUUUACUCCAUGACGUACUUUCAGAGCCAAAGCUAUUACAUUCCUUUGAAUCUUACCUACGACAAAUCCAUGCACACGAAAACCUCUUAUUCAUUGGAGCAAUAUCACAAAUGCGAUAUGACAAUUCAUUCACAAACUUUGAAGUCGCGUUGAAUAGAAUUUACAAAUCGUUCCUUUCCGACAAUGCCAAUCUGAAACUGCAUAGUGUCACCACCAAAGAACAGGUGGAACAAGACAUGGAAGGACUUCAUUGGGCCAUUAUACGACGUGAAGAUGCUGUCAAGAUCUUGGAAGAGACCGAACGACAAGUGUUGGCCGAUUUGCGCAACAAAUUGGACGAUUUUAUUCGCUUGAAGCAGCUCGAUAUUUCUGAUUUUGAUCAUGGUCCUAGCAAGCCACAGAUUCGAGUUGUCAUUGUGGGUGGUGGUUUCACGGGCUUCACAGUGGCAUCCAUUUUAGACCCAAUGCCUCUUUUCCAUGUCACCGUUAUUGAUACAAAAGAUUCAUUUGAGUAUACCCCCGGUAUCAUAAAGAAGCUCGUCAACCCUGAAGAAUCAAGCUCGAUGCGUGUACGACAUGAUUCAUACGUCAAGAAUGGCAGAGUACUUAUUGGCUUUGCAAGCAAUGUCAACGAUGACGUCAAAUCACUUCAAGUGAAUGGUGAAACGGUUGACUUUGAUUACCUUGUAGUCGCCACUGGAAGCUCAUAUUCAUCCCAGCUAAAAUCCACCGACAUGUCUGUGCUAUAUCGCAUUACGGGUCUUGAGCAAGUGAAUGCCGAACUUAUCAACGCACGACGUAUUUUGAUCGUGGGUGGUGGACUUGUGGGUUGUGAGUUGGCAUCCGAAAUUGCUCUUCGUACCUUCCCUGGAAAGUAUCCUCGUAAAGAAAUUACUCUUGUUGAAUCACAUGACAAGAUCAUUCGGCGCACAGAUGAUUACCAACGAGAGCGGGCCAUGGAUUAUCUCCAAAAUCUUGGUAUCGAAGUCAUUUGCAAUGAUCGUAUUGUCGAUCUAGAAGGAACCGAAAAUGGUGGCAACUAUCUUGGAGCAAGUGGACGUAUUUACAGUGGAUAUGACAAGGUCUUUAUGGCUACUGGAACCCGACCCAAUAGCCAAAUUUUGCAAAACAGCGGUGAGCUGGAUGCUUGUGUUGACAGCUGGGGUCGUAUCAUGGUCAAGCCCUCGUUACAAAUCGAUCACUACAAGUGCCCCCAUAUUUUUGCAGGUGGUGAUGUUACCAAUGUCAUUGAAGAAAAGACAGGCUAUGCUGCAACGUUAGCUGGUGUGUGUAUUGCACGUAACAUUUGCCGUCUUGUCAAGGGCAAAGCGCCAUUACGCCAAGGUACCAAAGGAACUAUGCCUGCACCUGACAAGCCUCUUCAUGGUAUCCAUUCACAAGGUGGCAUAGGCAAACAACGACUUGGCUUGCUCAAAAAGAAAUUUGCAUUCCUCAAUCCAGCAUGGGCUGCACUCAAGCUCUUUGAUGAACAACAAUACCUACGUAUGGUGCAAGGAGAAGCUAUGAAUUCGUCUCAAGUGUUUGGAAGGAUGCCACGAAAACUUGGUUUACCUCAAGGUUAUGCAUACCAUUCACCCAUUCAUUCGUACUCGUUAGCUUCCUUGGAAGCUUCUUUGGAUCAACAUAUUCCUCAAUCAUCUACCAGCUCGGUUCAUCGUCACUUGAAUCAUCAUCAUCAACAACAGCAACAGCAAUCCAGCUCAUUGUUGUUAACGCCAACCCCAAGACAAACUCGCUCAUGUACAGGAGGCGUUGGUGGGCCUAAGCGAGAAUACAAAACAUGGAGUGCAUCCUCUACUCGACUCAGCUCAAUUAGUCAUGCCAGUUCCAGCGGUAGCAGUAGUGGCAGCUCCACAUCAUCUCUCCAUGAUUUUGUAAACAGUCAUUUCACCUUUGGAAAACAUGCUUUGGAACCCCAAAGAUCCAUGGAUAAUAUUUCUCGAUCAUGUGCCAAACACCAGCAACAACAACAGCAUCAUAGACAGCAACAGCAACAAAAAAAGAAGCAUCAUCAUCCAUCAUCACCACGUCAUUUUCGUCGUUCCAGUAUGCCUUCCGUCACCAAUAUAGAAUGGGCAACACCUCCAUCGCUUAGAUCCGUCAAGAUAUAG